AUGGCGGGCCCUCCCACAGCCUUCUCAAACACCCACAGGCUUUACGUCAAGUCGCUCUACAAGCGAUACCUCGUCAACUCGUUGAAUUGGUAUAUCAGGAGAGAUCUAUGGAGAGAAAGGGCCAUUGAGAUCAGGGCCGAGUUUGAGAGGAACAGGAACAUCACCGAUCCUCGAGCCCUUGCCAUCGUCCUUGAACAAGCAGAGGCCAGACUUGAGAAGGAGAUCCACCCCGACCCAUACAGACCACCUUUGUUCCCCGAUGGUACGAAAUGGGAACGAAACAUUCCCCCUCGCAUGUUCACCGCUCAAGAGAAGGCGGAUGCUCUGGCGGCUUACAACGCCCCCCACUAG